AUGGACUCUGAACCUUCGAGUAACAGUGCCCGCAAAGGCGAUAACCCACACAAUCUCUCGGUCAACGCAAGUAUCUUUCGCGAAUGGAGAACUCCGCAAGCAGAAGAAUUGGAAUUGUCUAUGUGGACUCUUAAAAUGCUUGAAUCAGCAGUUGCCCUUGACUACGAACAAUACGGAGCCCUUAAAACAGCCAUUCACAGAGGUGUCCCAGAUAUUUUAAAGCCAUAUGUGUGGAUUAAGGCAAAUGAAGCGGAUAAAUUUUACAAAAGCCAUCCAAAUUUCUACGAAACAUGUCUUGAGUCCACCUUUGGAAACCAUAUGCCUGCGACCCUCAGUGAACAAUGUCCAACUUUUUGCGGAGGUUUGAUGGGAUUUGAACAGGAUUUAUACGAACAAAGUGACUCAAAUGACAUAGGAGAGGCCGAACUUUCAACUCAAGAUUAUGAUCCGGGACCUACCGCUGAUAGAUAUGAUAAUAUGGACUGCUCGAGUAAUAUCUCUGAAACAGGAAAACAACAUCAUAAUAUAUCUAUUUACGCCCCCGAUUCUACAAAUUUAGAUGGAAAAAAUAAUGAACAAUAUGUUGAAGGAACUGAUGGCAAGGGGGGCACUUACCACUCCCCAAAGUCCUUAACGAACCCGCAUGUUAAUGAUAAUAGUAAAAGUGCCGAUGAUAAAGUGGAUAAAACAGACUCUGGUGAUAUAAAUUCGUUCAUCAAGGAGAGAGUAGAACCCCACCGUGUACCUAGGAAUGUUUUCCGUAUGAAAGGGCCGGAACGGAUGCGGGAAAUGUCGAGUAUUUUUGUUAGCAGAGAAUCUUCAAUAUCAAACGUGCCCAGGAGAUCGUUCAUUAGAUCUCUCUUCAAGCGGAAGAAGAUGGAUGAAAAUCUUGUAGGCAUUGGCCAUAGGCAUUUGAGCGAACCGCUCAUUGAGAUUUCCGGGAAAUACAAUCUGCCCCCUCUCGCUACACAUCUAAGCCAUUUGCAGCAUAAAACUCUAGAUGGUAUAAAACUUAAGGAAAUAAAAAAUAAUCGUCCCACUUACAAUAGGCAGGGUAAUUCCAUUGCAGCUGGAUCAGAUUGUGGUUCAAACAGCAGUUGUGGUGCCUAUUAUGGUAGUGUUCAUGAGAGCGAAAAUGAAGAUGUCAAAAAAAUGUUGUGGUUCAGCAAUUUGGCGCGGAUUGACUCUGACUCCAAUGUCCAUGAGGGGCAAAAUAGAUGUGCAAGCAAUUUUUUUAGGCGUUUCUAUCGUAUACUUUGUUGCCGCGCUCAUAGUGCCAAUAAUGAUGUUUUGCACAAAAUUUACAAAAGAAUUGGGAGCUCGGAUCGCGAUAAAUGCACUGCUACUGAACUUUUAAAUAUAGAUAUUGCCAAAAUUGACACUGAUAAACUCAAGGAACCUGUAUCCCCCGGGCCUGUAUCUGGCCAGCAACAGUUUUUACAGCUAGUAGCCACGAGGGAAAAGGUGCAACAAAACAUUAAAACUUCUGUGUACAAUCUUCAAGAUGUUACUGAUUUCUGUAUUUUAUUGACGCCAAUUGGUAUUGAGCAAGUUAAACGCAUUUUGUGGUGCCUAAACACCAGUUACUCAUCUAAGGUCGAGUACAUGCCAAUGAUUCCAACACUUUGCUGUGUGUUGCUGGUUUAUUUGAUUCCAGAAGUUGUGAUUUGCGUGUUAUACAAGUUGUUGAAGAGAGCCACCGAGCAAACGAAUGACCUCUUUGUUGCUUGUUCGCGGGUUGAAUUUAUUUAUUUGGUUAAAACGUGUUAUUCCAAGGCCAAAAUGUUGAACAAUGUGGCAAUUUCGUACCUGGAAAAAUUGGGUGUCGAUUUACUGGCGUGGAUAUCUCGCGUAAUUCAGCGUGGAUUUACUUUUAUCCUGCCUUUUGACCAUAUUUUGCGUAUUCUGGGCGCCUACCUAUUUCAGGGCGAUGAAAUACUCUGUCGUUACAUACUUUCAAUCCUGAAGCUGCUGCAGCCCGAGUUGCUUAAGUGUUGUGAUAAAGAAAGUGCUGACCAAGUACUAUAUUAUGCUGGGCUUAGAUCUAACCCUAAUUUAGACGAGAUAACAAAGAUUGCCUACAACUUUAGAUUAUCAUUCAGAAGACCGAACAGUGCUGAGAAAUUGGAUGUUGAUCAUCAAACUAGCUAUUUGAGACCGAUAGGCAUCAAGCUGUUCUACAGGCCCCGAUUGAACCACGUAUCAGAGAUUGUCAAAGUUCAUGAAUGGGAGGAACUGUGGACAUGGAUGAACGACUCAUACCGUAUAUUGGACCCGGAAAUGCUCUAUUGUUCCACCACAGAUGGGUAUAAUAUGUUCUCCCUGAUUAGAAAAUUCGAAGCACUUCGUACCGACUCGAUUCCGGCUCUUCUCUUCAUCCAAACAUACGCAUUGGAUACUAUUGGUGUGUUUAUUCCGCAACUUUGUAAAUUUCCAAAGGAUGGAAUUUACACCCACAAUGCAUUGGACCGUGAAAGUUUUGUGUUCACUUGUAAGCCCAUGUUUCAGGCCUAUUCAUGGAUGGAUAAGGGUGGGCCCAGCAUCACUCAAGAAUGCAUCAAAGUAGGUUUGAAUGGUAUUGCUCUGUAUGUGGACAAAAAUUUGCACUCUGGAUACAGCAGCGCAUGUGCUACCUACAAAUCGCCUGCGCUUGUUAAAGAUUACUCUGGUCACUUUUACAUUUCAACUCUAGAACUUUGGAUCCUUUCAUAA